GAGCCCUCCGUCUCAGAGAUGCCGCCGCUGCUGCUGUCCCUGCUGUGGGCAGGGUCCCUGGCUCAGGAUCGGAGAAUCCGGCUGGAGGUGCGGGAGUCCGUGACGGUGCAGGAGGGCCUGUGUGUCCGCGUGCCCUGCUCCUUCAACUAUCCCUGGAGCUACUGGGAUGACUCUGUCCCAGCUCACGGCUACUGGUUCCGGGAAGGUGCCAGUAUCUACCAGGAUCCUCCAGUGGCCACAAACAACCCAGAUCGUGAGGUGCUGACGGAGACCCAGGGCCGAUUCCACCUCCUUGGAGACCCCCAGACCUACAACUGCUCCCUGGACAUCAGAGAUGCACAGAGGGGAGACACGGGGACAUACUUCUUUAGGGUGGAGAGAGGGCCUAUUGUGAGAUAUAGUUACAAAGAGAACAUGAUCUUCCUGAAUGUAACAGCUCUGACACAGACACCCGACAUCCGCGUCCAGGGGACCCUGGAAUCCGGCCGCCCCAGGAACAUCACCUGUGCAGUACCCUGGGCCUGUGAGAGGGGGACACCCCACACCUUCUCCUGGAUCGGGGCUGCCCUCACUUCCCUGCACCCCAAGAGUCCCCAUUCCUCAGUGCUCACCCUCGCCCUGAGGCCCCAGGACCAUGGCACCAACCUCACCUGUCGAGUGACCUUCCCCGGAGCUGGUGUGAGCACGGAGAGGACCGUCAGGCUCAACGUGUCCUAUGCUCCACAGAACCUGGACAUUCGUAUCAUCCGGGGAAAUAGCACAGUCCCAGAGGUCCUGGGCAAUGCCACCUCCCUUCGGGUCGUGGAGGGCCAGUCCCUGCUCCUGGUCUGUGCCGUCGACAGCAACCCACCCGCCAGGAUAAGCUGGGCCCGGGGGUGCCUGACACUGAGCCCCUCACAGCCUUUGGAUCCCGGGGUCCUGGAGCUGCCCCAGGUGGUCUUAGGGGAUGGAGGAGAAUUAACCUGCCGAGCCCAGCACCUGAGGGGCUCGCUCCGUGUCUCCCUGAACCUAGUUGUACAGGAUGAAUAUAAGCCAGGAUGCCUGAGUUCUGAGCUAGGGUGGUAA